UCCUGUAACACAUGCAAUGUUGUUGAGGAUUUUGGCUUCCUGUCAUAGUUUCUGUUGCCAUUUUAAAGUUUUUUCUACAUUUAUAUAUUUUGAGCAUUUAUUUUAGAAUCUGGAUACCUUUUAAAACAAAAACUUUGAUGUACUCAGGAACCAAGCUGGCCUUAUACAGUUAUACACACGGAUUCUUUAGGUUUACCAAAACAAAUGAGUCACCCACUCAUAAUGUUUUACUUUACCUAAUAAAAUGGCUUUAGCUAAGAAGACCUGGCUUCAGAAAUAUGGUUUAAAGCUUGUUGGAAAUGGUCCAGCAUUUAUUGCAUCAAUAGAAAAAGAUAGCAUUGCUGAAGAAUUUGGCCUCCAAAUUGGAGAUAGAAUAAUUGAAUUUGAUGGUUAUGAUGUUGAUGGGUUGUCUGCAGAUGUAAUCAUGGUUCUAAUGAAGAGCAAGAAAAGCUUUCCAACUUCUCUUGGAAUUGUGUCUGAGUUAUGUGAAUUUGUCUUACACUGUGGAAGGCUGAAAGAUUGUGGUUUUUCUAUUUCUAGUGACAAAUUUGUCACUGUAAUAGAAGUUACUCAAAAUGGAAUGGCAUUUUUGGCUGGACUUAGAAAAGGUGACAUUAUUGUGGCUGUGAACAAUAAGCCUUUGACAAAAAUUAAGGGCAACACUUGGGAGCUUAUUACUGAAAAUGAUCAUGUGACUCUAUCGGUGAUUCCAACUGGUGAACGAGGUGAAGAACAUCAACCUUUAUUGCAAGGCCCACAAAUAAAAUCUUCAGUAAAACUAUUUUCUAAGUUGAGCAAAUAUUUUGAUGAUGACAUGAAAAAAAAGCUGGAGUUAGCAAGCAUUCUAAAGGAUUACUCUGGAGAUGGGGAUAUUUUUAAGUUGUGCAUCACAUUGGACAGUAAGCUGAAGAAACCUCAGGAACGGAAGUUCUUGAAAUACAUUUGGCCAUUCAUUCCAACUGAACAGCAUGAAAUAUUUGAACCAUUAAUGAAAAAAAAACAUCUUUACUGUAACUGCUCCCACCAAAUGUACUCCCCAAGUAAAAAACACAUCAGCUUAAACUUACGAAUAACUUGUGCAAACAACCCACUAGGAUUUGUGAUAAAAGGGAGUGGGCCAGUUCAUGUAGAAUGGUUGGACCCUGGAGGACCAGCUGAAACUGCUGGCAUUUUACCUGGAGACUUUAUUAUGGAGAUUAAUGACAUUGAUACAAGAAACAUGACUCAUGAACAAGUGGUAAAGAUCCUUAAAGAAUGUGGUCCAGCCCCUCUGCUACAAAUUGAACGACACCCAAAGAUGGCUGGAAAAUUUCAAGUGAACUCUUUAUUUGAAACAACUAAUUUCAUUGCAAACACCAAUGAAGACUCUUUUGACUGGAUAGUUGAAGAUUUCAGUUCUUAUAAAGACAAUGAAGGAUUCACAUUCAAACAGAAGAUGGAAUAUUUAUUAACAUCACUGGAACGAAAAUUAUUGUUGCUUUACUUUUUCCAGUACAUUAAUUCCAGUAACAUCAUUAGGUUAUUAACAUAUCUGCGAUUAAUUCUGGACACUCCAUCCAAGAAAUCUCUCUGGUUGUUCUUAAUACUGAAAAUGUCAACAAAGGACAGAAAAUACAUUCGAAUAAAAGAGAACCUCAAUGAAUAUUUAAAUAACAAUAACAGAAGUCUUAUGGAACAUCACCUGAGCACAUGUGAAAAUAAUAAAGUCAAAAAUAACCUUGAUGUUUAUGCAGUCAAUAAAACAUUUGGAAGCAUCAUCAAUAUAGAACAUAUUCUAAAUACCCCAGCAAAACAAACAGUAUGGUUAAGUAUUUUACCAGAUCUUAUUCCUAAACAUCAAGCAUUAAUAAAGGGGAAAAUAUUAUCAAGUAAUAAACAACUUGGUGCAGCAUUUCCCCCCAUUUCUGCAGUAAAUUAUAAUGAAGAAAAUACUCUAAUAAAACAAUUUCCCUUAAACAUUGACAGUACUGCAAAUGAUAUGAGUGAUUCCUCUUUAUGUGACAACUCCAUUUCGGCUUCAUCUUCAUCUCUGUCAUAUGAAGAAAGUCAGGUUGUUUUAGCAGCAAGUCACCAACAUAGUAAAUCCAAAAGUUGCACAGAAUGUGAGAAGAUGUUUUGGUCAUAUGCAGACAACCAAUCAGAAUCUCAGCCUGUGGUUCAUGAUAAACUCUUGACAAGUUUCUUAAAGAAAUCUUCUAAUUCUAAUAGAAAGCUCCCACCUGUAACACAAAAUGGUGUUGCUCACAACAGUAAAUCUAUAUCUGAACCCCCAAGUUUUCCAAAACACAAACCCAAAGCAAACUACAAAUUGCCAUCUUCUGUAAAAGGUAAUCAGACAAGAACUUUGCCAGACAUUUACAAUACCGACUCAACAAAUAAAGUUCCACUCAAAACCACAGAUUUGACUCAAAGUGAAAGAGAACCUAAGCAACAGCACCAAAGGAAGAAGCCAGAAAAUAACAGCAAUCCUAUUCGAUCAACAAGCAAGGAUGUGAGGAAUAAACAGAAGAACCUUGUACCAAAGGGAAAAAGUCAAAGUACCAGUUCUUUAGUUACAUCUGGAACACAAGGUUCUUUAAAAGCUGAUCUGACAGAUUUAGCAGCUGAAGAAGAUGGUCAUGCUGUUAUAAUACCUACUCAUGAAUCUCUAAAGGUGAAAACAUUGGAAGAACAUGAUACACCAAGCUGUGAAGAACCAAUAGUAUCAAAGAAACAAAAUUCUACCAUAAAUACUGGCAGGUAUUCUAAAAAUGAAGAUGGUCGUGCUGCUAUAAUACCUACUCAUGAAUCUCUAAAGGUGAAAACAUUGCAAGAACAUGAUACACCAAGCUGUGAAGAACCAAUAUUGUCAAAGAAACAAAAUUCUACCAUAAAUACUGGAAGGUAUUCUAAAAAUGAGAAAAUGAACUCUAAGAGCCAUGAAUCAAACAAAUUUCUACUUCAGCAUGUUAAACAGGAACAUUUCAGUAAAUCCCAGGAGCUGAUCCCAGAUAAAAUUAGGAAUUCUAAAAAAAGCAAUAUUGAAAACAAAUUGAGAUCAAAAUCUUAUGAUGUGAUUCCAUCAAAGGAUUCUUCUAACAAGUUUUCUAACCAAGUCAAAGCAUCAAAUAAUUCUAAUACUGGGGAAAAUGAAGAACACAAGAGAGCCGAUAAACUAACCGCAACUGAAGUUCUUCAUCAAAUGGCAGAACUUUCUAAUUCACAAUCUGAUUUGCCAGUGCAUUCUUGGAGAGAAGAUGAAAAAUACCAUUCACAGAAAUGGCUUAAAAGCCAUAUAUCUGUCAGUGAUAAGAUAAAACAACUUGAAUCAAACACUCAAAUGGACAAGAAAGAAACAGUUCCACCAGUGCCACCACCUCUUCCUAAUUUUGUAAUGAGUACAUCUCAAAGCAAACUGAAGAAUAAACGGCUACACUGGCAGAAAAUUGAAGGAGAACCAAAUGAAAAUACUAUUUGGUAUAAGGUUAAUAAAAGUGAUUCAGAUGAUAUUAUCCCUCUUCUGAAUCUAGAAAAGAGGUUUGCACUUAAAACCAGUGAGCCAGAGAAAAGUAAAGUUGUAAAGAAGAAAAUCGUAUCCAUCUUGGAUUCAAGAAAAUCAUACAACAUUUCCAUUCUACUUGGACAUUUGAAAUUACCAAGUUCCAGCAUAAAAGCACUCUAG